GGCCAAUGGAGCUGCGGGUGAGGGUUGAGGGGUGGAAGGUGCUGGCUCGCCGGUGGUGCAGGUUUGUGGUAGCGCGUGUGCUGAGCUACCUGGUCGUCAUGGAGGCUGUCCCGACCGAGGAGCUUGAUGAGGAAGAGCAGCUGAUGCGACGGCACCGUAGAGAGAAGAAGGAGCUGCAAGCCAAAAUUCAGGGUAUGAAAAAUGCUGUGCCCAAGAAUGACAAAAAGAGGAGGAAGCAACUCACUGAAGAUGUUGCAAAGUUGGAAGCUGAAAUGGAACAGAAACAUAGAGAAGAACUAGAGCAAUUUAAAUUAGCAUCUAAGGAGAGUAAGAUAGAUUGUGUUGCCGUUGACUUUUCAAACUUGGUUCUUGAAAAUCAUGUGCCUCGGAUUUCUAAAGCACAGAAGAGACGGGAAAAGAAAGCUGCAUUGGAAAAGGAACGGGAAGAAAGGAUAGCUGAAGCUGAAAUUGAGAACUUAUCUGGAGCUCGACAUGUAGAAAGUGAAAAACUUACUCAAAUAUUGGCAGCGAGGCAGUUGGAAAUUAAACAGAUCCAAUCCGAUGGUCACUGUAUGUAUAGAGCCAUUGAAGAUCAACUGCAAGGACAGGAAAGCCCUCUGACUGUGGCUGCCUUAAGGAGUCAGGCUGCUGAAUACAUGCAGAGCCAUGUGGAAGACUUUCUGCCAUUUUUAACAAAUCCUAAUACAGGAGAUAUGUACACUCCAGAGGAGUUUGGAAAGUACUGUGAUGAUAUUGUAAACACAGCUGCAUGGGGAGGUCAGCUUGAGCUGAGAGCUCUGUCUCACAUUUUACAAACACCUAUAGAGAUAAUACAGGCAGAGUCUCCUCCUAUAGUAGUGGGCGAAGAAUAUCCCAAAAAACCAUUAAUUCUUGUAUAUAUGAGACAUGCAUAUGGCCUAGGGGAACAUUACAAUUCUGUUACACAGUUGGUGAACACAGCUACUGAAAACUGCAGCUAGUUUAUAAACUGUUGUACAAUUAUGUGUUUUAGUACAGUGUGCCGAUCUGAGUAUACUUACCAAGUGUUGGGUUGUUUUAGCAUCACUGAAUAACACAACUACCUUAAAUCAGUUCAAUGGAAAGCUUAUUGAUAGGUUUUUAAAAAAUGAGUCAGACAAACCUUAACUGGUAUCCUCUUAUUUUUUAAAACACUUUCGAGUUCACUGUGUAGAACAUCAUAUAUGCUUUUCUCCCCAUUACUAAAAGCUUUAAGUAAUGAUUUCAAUGUAAUUUUUCUUGAAGAAAUGAAGUGACUCAGUCUCUGUCAUUACACAAUGUGGUGAUGGUAAUGGCAGAUUUAACUAAUGCUACAAAUGAACUUGAAUAUAGCUAUCUUGGUAUUGAGGGGAUUGGGAUUGAUGCUCUGAAGCUCAUUAAAUAACUCCAUUGAAGUUUGCUUUAAUAAUUAAGAAUUUUAAAGUAUUUACUCAAAUUGUUAAGUUUUAAGAAAUGAGACAAAUACAAAGGUAAAUAGGCAUUCUCUAUCAGAUUUAAAUAUUUUAAAGAAUUAAAAAUUAAUGGAAUUAAAAAACCCCAACAGAUUAUAGUUUUACUAAUUCAUUUGUUAUUCCUUGCUGUUUCUUAAACUUCUGACUAGAAUUAAUACCAUCAUUUCAGAUUAAAGCUACAAAUGUUCAUGUUCCUUAUAUUUUCUCUGUCACCACUCAGCUGUGUUGCUUUUCUUGCAGCUUUUUCCACUGAGAAACUGUUUGUGGCCUGUCUUCUUUAACUGUUUUAAAUUGAAGGAAUAGUAAUGUAAAAUGGUUCAAGGCCACAUUUACUUCAUAGUCUCCCUCUUUUUCAGUUUGCUUCAUUCUCUAGUAUUAAAACACCUUUAUUGUUGUUUUGUUAUCCUUAUUAAUGUCAUCUUUCCUUUAACUCAGAUAUUUGAGAAUUUUUAUGUUAUAUAUAUGAAUAAAGUUGAAAACCACUGUUUAGGAACCAUGACUGCAUAGUAAAAUCAGUAUAUAAUACUUGUCAGACUGAUUUAAACUGCUCAUAUUUCAGGUUACUCCUAACAGUAUUCUAAGAAGAGAGUAUCCAUGCAUAUGAAUGUGUCUGAUAAUCUGUUAUGUAAGGAAGUAUUAUGAAAAUGUGAUUUGACCUGUUUUUGCCCAAUGAGAAACCACUAGUAACAAUUAGUAUCUAGUUUAUAAUAUUUAAGGUUUUGCUUCAGGGAUGCAACUAUGUUUUGUAACUAUUAGAUUUGUAAUAUUAAAAAUGAGGUCAGUAGUCAGGUGACAGUGUGGAAAGCUGAUAGGGACUGCGGUCACCUAGGGGAAAUAAGUCAUAAAGUUACUCCAAUUCAAGAGACUAAAAACCAUUCUGCCUGCCAAGCAAAAUAUAUUCUGAAGCCUGUUUUGUAGUUCUUGAUUUGAAUUUUUGGGGAAUUCUGAAAUUUAUUUAAGAAUGAGGUUAUAAAAAGCUAAACACCUUGACUUUAUUUUGAGGUACUGUCACUUUAAAGGAUAAACAUUAAGUAAUAAACAAGACAUGAAAUCUAGUUAUAAUAAAUUCCAUCUAUAUUUAGGGUAUUCUAAAAUAACUUAUUGGUAGCUAUUUUUUUCCUAACAAGAUGAAUGAAAUUUUUUUGAUUAUAAGUUUAUUAUUAUUUUUUAUUUUUUAAUGGUCAGUAUGGUUAUGAAGAUUUAUGUGGUCAAUUCUUCUUUCAUAAAGCUUCAGAUAAAAAUAAUUUUGACUGUAACCUAAUAUUGGAAUCUUUACAAGAUGAUUGGUGUUAUUUUAAAGUAAGAUAUACUAAGUUAGUUUGCUGAAUGAUGAUGGUCUAAUCGAGGUUUCAUAAGCUUUGUUUUGUCCUAACUCAGAAAAAUAUAUGUCAGAGUUCUGGAAUAUGUUUUUAGCCAAGAAUUUUAUUCACUUAAAUAUGUUUACAACUUGUAGAAAGCAAAAAAGAAUGUGUGACUAUAGUGAGCAAGAUAGUUUUGCUCACAUUAUUUGACAUUUGCCAAAAGGAAAAUAAAAGUUGAAUUAAU